AUGUUCUCCAACUCUGCUACUCACCUAACCGGGAUGAGGGCCACCCGAGGCUCAGCCUAACUGUAUUGCCCACACACACGGAAUAUCUCACGCCGUUGAUGGCUUACUCCGAGUCCUAUGCCUACCCUGGAAAGGGAAAGGACUUGGCUCUCGAGAGUGCCCGAGUCCAUAGUAUCACAAGCCUGGGGCCAGAGGAGACUCUGGCAAAUGUAUCAGAUCCUUAUCCCGGUCUCACCUAG